CGAUUACACAGCGGCACACUGUCACUAUUCGCUCCCACACAUCAUGAGCUAUUUUUGGUCGGUGCGUUAGCUCAUUAUAUAGAGUUUUCUCCCCUCCCUGCCUUUUGGCGAGCAAACGCACGCGUGACAGCUCGGGAGAAGAGUGUCGAUAAGAGUAAGACCUCAUUUUGGAAUAUUUCUUUACGUUUAACAACCAUUUAUUCUGAAUUUUGUGGCCGUACUUCACAUUUUGUCCCGGUGCGAUGAGAAGACAGCUGUCGUACACUAGUUUUCCAAAGAAGCGUCACGGGACGCGUCUCAAAUAAUUGACUUACUUGGACUGAAGCGCACUGCGCUGUGGCGCACCCUGACCGCUCGCUGCCUCCGUGAACUUCUUCCGUUGCUUUUCACGAUAUUUUCAACACUGUAUCACUAACAAACUCAUUUUUUGACACCCCGAAGCGUUCCUGGAAAUCAUGGAAACUAACCCUAUACCCAUUUUGACUAUCCAAACAACCCCCUUCGAUGACCAGAGACCAGGGACGAAUGGGCUGCGAAAGAAGACCGCGGUUUUCGAAAGUAAAAAGAACUAUCUGCAAAAUUACAUCCAAAGUCUGCUGUCCUCCAUCGACUUGAGGGACCGUCAGGGAUGCACUAUGGUGGUGGGCAGCGACGGGAGAUACUUCAGCCGGGCUGCGACUGAAGCCAUCGUUCAAAUGGCAGCUGCCAACGGGAUUGGACGUCUGGUCAUUGGGCACAAUGGGAUCCUGUCCACCCCAGCGGUCUCCUGCAUCAUCAGGAAGAUAAAAGCCAUUGGUGGGAUCAUUCUCACUGCAAGCCACAGUCCAGGAGGCCCAGGAGGAGACUUCGGGAUCAAAUUUAAUGUUGCUAAUGGAGGACCAUCUCCAGACACAGUGAUGGAGAGGAUCCAUCAGGUCAGUCGCACAUUAGAGGAAUACGCCAUCUGUCCUGACCUCCACAUCGACCUGUCCCGCCUUGGCCGUCAUGACUUUGACUUGGAGAACAAGUUUAAGCCCUUCAGAGUUGAGAUUGUAGAUUCAGUUGAGAUCUAUCUAAACAUGCUGCGAGGGAUUUUUGACUUUGGUGCCAUCAAGAGCUUGCUGACAGGUCCAAAACAGCUGAAGAUCCGAAUAGAUGCCAUGAAUGGAGUUAUGGGACCAUAUGUCAGAAGAAUCUUAUGUGAUGAGCUCGGGGCUCCAGCUAAUUCUGCUGUUAACUGUGUCCCUCUGGAGGACUUUGGAGGCCAACACCCCAACCCUAACCCUGCAUUCACCGUACUUCUGGCGGACUCCAUGAAGGGGGGAGAGUUUGGCUUUGGGGCUGCUUUUGAUGCAGAUGGGGAUCGUUACAUGAUUAUGGGGGAGAAUGGAUUCUUUGUGAGCCCGUCAGAUUCACUGGCAGUGAUGGCUGCAAACCUCUCCUGCAUCCCUUACUUCAGUCAGAGAGGAAUCAGAGGUUUUGCCCGCAGUAUGCCGACCAGCACAGCCAUUGACAGGGUUGCUAAGGCUAUGAAGGUGGCGCUUUAUGAAACUCCCACAGGCUGGAGAUUCUUUGGCAACCUGAUGGAUUCUGGGAGGUGUUCAUUCUGUGGAGAGGAGAGCUUUGGAACAGGUUCAGACCACAUCCGUGAUAAAGACGGCCUGUGGUCAGUUCUGGUUUGGUUAUCCAUCAUGGCAGUGCGAAAGCAGGGGGUGGUGGAAAUAGUGCGAGACCACUGGGCCAAAAUGGGACGCAACUACUUCUGCAGGUUUGACUAUGAAGGGGUGGACGGCAAGGCAGCGUAUUACCUCAUGAGAGAUCUGGAAGCUGUUAUCACUGAUAAAGCUUUUACCACUCAGAAGUUUUCUGUGGGAAAUAACAUCUACAGUGUGGAGAAGGCUGAUAAUUUUGAGUACAUUGACCCAGUGGACGGCAGUGUGUCCAGGAAACAGGGCCUAAGGAUCAUGUUCACAGACUCGUCCCGAAUCAUCUUCCGGCUCAGUGGUUCUGGUGCUGGAACCGGGGCCACCGUCCGCAUCUACGCAGAGAGCUACGAGAGAAACCCAGAGAGACACAACAGAGAAACUCAGGUUGUGCUGGGUCCUCUCAUUGCCAUUGCUCUAAAACUCUCCAACAUCCACGAACGAACCGGACACAGAGGCCCCAGCAUGAUCACCUGAGACCAAUCCAGCACCGCACGCCAGGGGCCAAAAUCACUUUCCUCACUCAUCUGAUCCUUUCACCCUCAACACCACAAAGAAUGUGCCAACUGUUCAUUUUGCUGCUCUUUAAUCAUUUCUGUCCUCGUUUCCCUUACUUCCUCUCUCACUCUAUCUUGUUUUUCUUCUUCAUUUGUCUUUUCAAGGGCCCCUGUAUGGUUUUCUUUUCCUUUGCACAUGUAUAAACUCAUAUAAACCACA